AUGUUUGAUGUGGAAUUCAGUUAUCUACCCACAGAGGUUAAAGUUGAUUGUCCUCCUGUUGUUGUGACAAAUGAUAGAGGUAUGAAAAAUUUUCUUGCAUAUCUGAAAAAGAUAAACAUGAUUCGGUUGUGUGUUACUUUCAAAAGAGUAGUUGAUGAAGGUGAUAGGAGUAAAGUCCAGUUCGAUCUGAAUAAGUUCCCAGUUGAUAGUAGCGAUGGUUGUAAUGUGGAAGUUGAUGUGGGAAAAUCAGUAGGUGUUAUUUCAAGGAAUUCACCAAAGCCGACUAAUGAUGUAUUAGAAAAGCAUACUGAUGCUAAUCUUGUUGAUGCUGCUGGUUUUAAGUUGGAAGAUUCAAUGGUAAAAAAGGGUGAAUAUUUCAGCAGUAAGGAAGCUUUACAGGCUACUAUGGAAAUGUAUGCAAUGAAAUAUAACUGCGACUACAGGAUUACAAAAUCUGAUAAGAGAUGGUGGUGUAUACGCUGCAUUGAUAGUGUUUGUAACUGGCGUCUCCGGGCUGAGUGUUUACAAGCGUCUACAUAUUUCAAAAUCAACAAGUUUGUGGGUAACCAUACAUGUGCCCCUUCAAAAAAAAACUCAUUUUGUAGGACUCCAUCUGCAAGAACAAUUGGACAUCUCAUUAAGCAAAGCUAUGAGGGUGUGAAGGAAGGUCCUAAACCGAAUGAUAUAGUUAAUAUUAUUCGUUCAAGGUACGGCUGCGAGCUAACAUAUCACCAAGCUUGGGAGUCUCGGGAGUAUGCAGUUAACGAAGUUAGAGGAAUUCCUGAGAAAAGUUAUGCUAAGAUUCCAAAAUACUUGCACAUGCUACAAGAAGCGAAUCCUGGUACGUUCACGAAUUAUGAAAUUGACUUUGAGGGAAGAUUUAAAUAUCUAUUUAUUUCUUUUGGUCAAUCAACAAGAGGGUUCUACAAGUCAAUGCGGAAAGUGAUAGUAGUUGAUGGUACAUUUUUGAAGAAUAAAUACAAAGGGGUUCUCCUAGUUGCUACAGCUGUAGAUGCUGAUGAAGAAGGUUUAUCAUUUGUGUCAGAUAGAGCUACAUCGAUUGCUAAAUCAAUUGGAAACAUCUAUCCAUUGGCUAAACAUGAGGAAGCCGAUGUGACAAAAUGGGCUCGCUGUCAUUUUCCGGGUUAUAGGUAUGAUAUUAACACCAACAAUGCAGCUGAAUCAAUCAAUGCUGCUUUGAGGACACCCAGAGAGUAUCCAAUAAUUCCUUUGUUAGACAGCAUCAGAGAAAUGAUGACACGCUGGUUUUAUGAGAGUAGAGAGUUAAGUGCAAAGCAUAAAGAUCCUUUAACUGUUGAGGUGGAGAAAAAGAUUUCAAGAAGAAUAGUGAAAGGUAAAUUCAUGAACGGUUAUUUGAUGAGCAGAUCGCAGAUCCAGGUUAAAGGUAAUGGAGUAGACUACAUUGUUGACUUAGAAAGAAGGACUUGUUCAUGUGGAAAGUUCAGCAUCCAAAAACUCCCUUGUAGACAUGCUAUAAAAGGAGCUUUUGAUAUAGGCAAGGAUCUAUAUCCUUAUGCUGAUGAUGUGUAUACCACUACUGCAUGGAGAUCGCAAUAUGAGGAAACUAUUAAUCCAAUAGGUGUUCCUGAAGAAGAAUGGCGAGUCCCACAGCAUGUUGAAGAUGCAAAAGUAGCUUCUGGGUUGUGUUUCACGGUAGCUGCUUUUGAAUGA